AUGGCUGAAUUCAACCCCUUCGACCAAAUUCUCGUGCUGAAGACGUCCCUCAAUACGGCCGAGGACACAGAUUUGACCGUGAGCCCGAUGAUGAUCGACGGCCUCUACAAGCAAGACAUUGGCACAUGCGCCAACUACAGCUCCCAAAUCGGUGCGAGUUUCAUGAUGCUACCGAUCGUCAUUUCCUUGACGCCUUCGAUGAGGCUUUUCAAGGCUUCCCUCUGUGUUCACGUUGCUGCUCUCGUUGUUAACACAGUCCGCAUGACGCUACUAGUACCAUUCUUUACAUCGCCCAACUGGGCCAACUUUUACACCCGCUUUGCAUCGGACUAUUCCCGCGUCACUGCAGCUGACUUCCAUCUGAGCAUCACGACGGAAGCGACUUCGCUGGUCUUGCAUAUGCUUAUCCAGGUGUCAUUGGGAAUACAGGCGUGGGCUCUUGUUAAGCUGUUGCCAAGGCCCUGGAAAGGGGGCGUUGUUGUGCUGUCUUGCUUCGUGUCAGCAUCUGCCAUAGGACUACGUCUCGGGCUCUGCAUCAUCCACAUCAAUGCCAUCCUUAUGCUGUCACCCGCACAUCUCAUAUGGGUGGCGCAAGGUAGCGGCGUUGUCGGAGCAAUCUCUAUUGCAUACUACUGCGCACUGUUCAACAUCAAGCUUCUCAUACACCUUGUAAAGAACCGGGGCAUUCUCCCAAGGCGGCAACGACUGAAUGCGAUGGAAGUACUAAUCAUUACGAACGGAAUUCUGAUGGUCAUACCUGGUUCGUGGACUCGUGCAACACUUUACUCGCAAAUUUUUGCUGAUCUGAUUUUGGUCCCCACGUAG